UGUGACCUUUAGGUUUAUUAAUGACUAGCUCUCUAUGUGCCAACCAUUUUAGCACCUCUCAACCUCUGCGAGAGCACUUACGAAGAAAAUGAAUGUUGACUCAAAAACAACAUUCAAUAUGAAGGAUUACAGUGACUUUGCAGAUCUUUACAAUUACAGCGACUACAAUUACAGUGAAAGCUAUGGCGCAGGAGCUGUGUGCACUCAAGACUCCAGCAUGCACUUUGACAGCAUUUUUAAGCCGAUCCUUUACUCACUGGCAGCGGUCGUGGGGCUGCUGGGAAACGGCCUGGUUCUGAUUGUACUGUGGAAGAAGAGGGCGGGUUUGAAUGUUACAGACAUCUUCAUCCUCCACCUGAGCCUGGCAGACAUAUUGCUGCUGUUAACACUGCCCUUCUGGGCUGUACAGGCGGUGAAGGGAUGGAUCUUUGGCACAGCAUUGUGCAAACUGACUGGAGCUCUGUUCAAGAUCAAUUUCUACUGUGGCAUUUACAUGCUUUCCUGCAUCAGUCUCGACCGCUACCUGUCCAUCGUCCAUGCAGUGCAGAUGUACUCUCGUAAAAAGCCCAUCGCGGUUCACUGUUGCUGCCUGAUGGUCUGGUUCUUCUGCUUUUUGCUCUCCACUCCCGAAUGGAUAUUACUUGGUGCCAACAAGGACUCCAGACGUCAGGAUAGAACAGAAUGUGUUCAUUUAGAAGCUCCUUCUAAAUUUUGGCUUUUGGUCGACCGUCUGGUCUAUCAUCUUUUGGGUUACCUGAUUCCAGCAAUAAUGAUGGUCUUCUGCUACACUUGCAUUCUGCUGCGCUUGCUGCUCGGCUCCAAGUGCAUGCAGAAAAAGAGAGCCAUCCAUGUCAUUGUAGCCCUGGUGCUGGCCUUCUUCAUCAGCUGGACACCGUACAACAUCGCCCUCAUGGCUGACACCAUGCAUACUAACAGGACUGACUUUAACCAAACUUCCUGCGGGACCAGAACCACGUUGGAUGUUGCGAUCACAGCCACUUCAACAUUUGCCUACAUGCACUGCUGUGUCAACCCAAUUCUUUAUGCUUUUGUGGGGGUGAAAUUUCGUCAGCACUUGCUGGACAUGCUACGACCUCUGGGCUUCAAGCUGAAGGGCCGCGCAGGCCUGGUUUCUAGGCGGAGCUCGGGAUGGUCAGAGUCAGUGGACACGUCCCACACAUCUGCUUUCUGAAACAUCAAAUGCCAUCAGACCGUUACCAAGCCAGCAUCUUUUCCUGUAAUUUGUACUCAACAUUGUUGUAUUAUGCUAGAGGAAUUCAAGAACUCAUGCAUUGCCGUUCACACCAAUGAUGAUAACUAUAACAAAAGGAAAAAAAGUCCGAAAAAAGUAGUAGAACUAUUGGCGUUAUACCCUAUUUUUGAUGUGUUCACCCAGCAGGGAUUGGGAAUUAGUUAUAGAAAUCACCAUUGAGGAAACUAAAAAAAUCCCCUACUUUAAAGAAUGGUCUAAUCCAGCACAACUGGAACUACAAGUGACAUUAGUGUACACUGAUUGGGUUAAUGGCAUGCCAUGCAAAAUACACAGUAUUUUUAAGUGUUACAAGACAUAUACGGCCUUGAUGAUACAGUACCAUUUCAAGUUGUCAUAUUUUGUCUCUCAUUUUAAUUUUGUUCUUUUAGUCACAUAUCAUAUGUUCCAUUUCUGUUAUUAUGACAAACACAAAAUUCAAAUAGAGUCCUCUGUGAUAAAAAAAACGAGCCUAAUAAUACAAUUAGAAAAAAAAACGGUCUAAGAUGAAAAUGUAGUUAUCAAGACUUUAUUUUUUUUGUCACACUCUAUAUGAUCGAAGUGUUGUGAAUGUUUUGUUGAGGUGUUAUUGGUUCAAAUGUGUGUAAUAUUCAUUAUUUCAAAAUUUUCGCUAUGGAAAAAAAUUCAGACCUAUAUAGUUAGAUGAUCUGUCUAUUUCACUCUGAGACUCCAAACACAGCAAUCCUCUGACAGCAGAGGAGUGAAAUCAAUGGCUAAAACAAUCAAACAACAUCGCCAUCUUCUGUGUUGGAGGUUAAUGUUACUUUAGUUUUAAUAAACAUAGUUAUCAUACGUGAUUUGAACCAGUUUUGAAUGUCUAGACUGUGCUCAUUAAUACACGUAAUGUUUUAAAACAUGAAUAUAGAUGUUUAAGCUCUUCACAUGUGGCAGCUACUGCAGGUUUUCAACUGUUUAGCUUUCUGUUUAAUAUAUUGAUUGCCUGCAACAGAGAUAAAAGUUAAUAUUAUGUUAAAAUAGAUCACUUUCAAUUACUCAUCAACUGGAUAAUGCUUUUAAAAAAUGUGAGAAGCUGAAAUUGAUAUAUUUUUAAUAUUUACUUUUAUAAAUAUAUAUUUUAUUUUUUGAUACAUAUUAUUCAUUAUGUUUUGGAGUUAAUUUUAUGUAGUGUUUAGUAAUGCUUUCCUGAUAUUUACUGUAUGAUGUUCUAUUUUUUCUGUAUUUUCUUUUGCUGUAAAUAGAUUUUUUUAAAUCUCAUAAAUAAUAUU